ACCACCACCACCAUGCUCUCCCGCCAGCUCGCGCGGCGUGUGUACUGCGCUGCGCCCCGCCGCUGGUCGCACUCCCCCGCCGCCGCCCUCAGCGGCCUCAACACGGUGACAGAGGAGGACCUGGCGCACUUCGCCAAAAUUCUGCCCUCCUCCGCCAUCCUCUCCACUCUAUCUCCCAGUGCGACCCCCGUCGCCGAGCUGGAGCCGUUCAACAAUGACUGGAUGAACAAGUACCACGGCAAGUCGACGACCGUCCUCAAGCCCCGCACCACACAGGAGGUCAGCGAGAUCGUCAAGUGGUGCAACCAGCGCCGGAUAGGCCUCGUCCCCCAGGGCGGGAACACCGGCCUUGUCGGUGGAGGCGUCCCAAUAAAGGACGAGCUUGUCCUCAGUCUUUCCAACAUGACCAAAGUCCGGUCCUUCGACGAUGUCUCCGGCAUCUUGGUUGCGGAUGCUGGCUGCAUCCUGCAGUCCCUGUCAGACUACCUCACACCGCACAAUCACAUUGUGCCUUUGGAUCUCGGUGCGAAGGGCAGUUGUCAAAUAGGCGGAAACGUUUCCACGAAUGCCGGCGGACUUCGGCUACUCCGCUACGGGUCGCUGCACGGCUCUGUCCUCGGCCUCGAAGUCGUCCUUCCCGAUGGCACCAUCCUGGAUCAGCUUACCUCAUUACGAAAGGACAAUACCGGCUAUGACCUGAAGCAACUAUUCAUCGGCGCAGAAGGCACUCUCGGUGUCGUCACUGGUGUUUCAAUACUCGCCGCCCCGGCGCCCCAGGCGUCCAACAACGUCAUGCUCGCCCUGCCGAAGUUUGAGAACGUCCUGCCGCUUUACAAGGAAACGAAGCGCCAACUGUCCGAGAUUCUGUCCGCGUUCGAGUUCAUGGACAGGACCGUCUAUGACCUCGCUGUGAAGCAUGGCCAGGGCCGUGCUUUGGACCCCUCGGAGGUCGAGGGCGCCGCAUGCUUCGUUCUCGUGGAGACGAGCGGCGGUAAGCGAGAGCACGACGAGGAGAAACUGAACAACCUGCUCGAGAGCCUCAUGGAGGCCGAAGAGCCGUUGAUCAACACAGGUGUACUGGCGUCGUCACCUGCUCAGUUCUCUGCACUCUGGGCAAUCCGGGAGGGCCUCACCGAGGCGGUUUCGAAGGAGGGCAAGGCGUACAAGUACGACAUCUCGGUUCCGCUCGACAAGUUCCAGGAAGUCGUCGACAAGACCAGGGAGCACUUGCGGCAGCAAGGUGUUUUGCACGAAAAGGCCGUGAAGUACGUCGUCGGGUACGGUCACGUCGGAGACGGUAACCUCCACUUGAACAUCGUCGCGGAAGCCUACACACCAGAGAUCGAGGCAGCACUCGAGCCCUUUGUGUACGAACUUGUCGCUUCGUACAAGGGCUCUAUAUCUGCCGAACACGGCAUUGGCGUGAUGAAGACGCAUGCGCUUCAGUAUUCGAAGAACGCGACGAGUAUUGAGUGGAUGAAGAAGGUCAAGGCUUUGUUCGAUCCCAAUGGGAUCAUGAACCCCGGAAAGGUUCUCCCUUGAUGCCAUUGGCUUUAUGACCUUACGUAGCUCCCCAUGUAUCCAUAAAUCUACUUCUCGAUUGCAGUGCCCAAGCAACUCUCCC